ACCAGCGAACAUGUGGAAAGGAUUCUCCUGCGCCAUUCUCUGCCUGGCUCUCGUCCAGGCGGCUGUUAUCCGUCCCGAAGGGGAUUCCGAGAUUCCGGAGAGCACCACUGGCGUGGUUAAUCCGGAUCAAGUUGGGGAUGCCUCCACGGAGGAGGCCACCACUCUGGCGGGUCCUGCUUUCAGUCGCGACGAGGAGGCGAGCAUACUGAUUGAUCCCGCCCCGGGCACUUUACAAGGGGCGACUUCCGUGGUGGCAGAGAAGUCCGGAAAGCUGCUGCUGCUUAGUACUCCGCCCAAGCGACUGCACGAAGUCGAGCGGCGGUUCGAGGAGCAGGAUGACGAGGAGCAGGCCGAUGCCGAGCCAACCACAACCACUGAGCAGCCAAAGGACAACGCGGAGCAGACGGAGGAGCCAAAGGAGGAGCAGAAGGAGGAGCAGAAGGAGGAGCAGAAGGAGGAGCAGAAGGAGGAGCAGAAGGAGGAGAAGAAGGAGGAGGGAGAGGAGGAGGCCAAUACGGAUAGUUCGACCACAGAGAGCAGCACCACUCCGGCCACAACAAAACUGUUUGCCAUCGAUGCCGCCCCGGCGGGAGUGGACUCCCCGCCGCCGAACGUGGCCAUAUCCCUUUCCCAGGACAAUCUCAAUGCCUCGGUUUCGAUUGCCGAGCAGCCGCAGGCGCCCGGCGACAAUAAUGCCGCCGUGGAGUUGGCCAUCGUGGAGCCGGAGGCCGAGUACGUGCUGGUGGACGGCGGCCACGACGACCACGAGGACCUGGACCUGGAUCUGGACCUCCAGCUGGCCAGCUUCACGCACAUCGACAGCGAUGUUCACCUGCAGCCGGUUGUGCACUCCGUGGAAAUCGUGCCCACCAGCCUCGAUGAUCCCUUGAUUGUCAAUUACGUGCACAAUUUGCGGUGACUUGGCCAAGGAGGCGUGUCGGGACGAAUCAAUUAACCCGGUGCGGUUGGCCCUGUGACUCUGUUAAAGUUUUUUUUAGCUCUGUUUUAUUGACUUUUGUUACUUUUUGAAUGCGAUCCUCAAAUGGCUUUAUACACAG